UACUUCUGACUAAAAACUCUCGGAGUAGCCUCGUCAGAAAAAAAGUUGCGUUUCAUUUGCUAGAUUUAAACUUUAAAUCUUUCUGUUCCAGUUUAUUCAUUUGUUUCGGCCACAGUAACGUAAUGUAACGACUCUUAAGAAGUUUUUCUUUCUGCUAUUUUUCCUAGCUAGAAAAAAGCUUCCAACUGAAAUCUGGGAGGCUGUGAGCCCAUGGAGCCUGAGUGUGUAUGGAUGUAGAUGAGGCACGAUGCUAGCAGGCUAACUAGCUGCUGAGGACAUGCUGUGACUCUUGCAUUAUUUUUUCGCUUGCUCUGAAGAACAGCAUCAGGAAGUCAAUCCACUGACAUGGAGGGGAAUGGAGAGAUCAGUGACACUGACAGCGGGAUCAUCCUUCAUUCAGGCUCCGACAGCCCGACGACACACACCAAGGAUGUGACCACGCACACUCGGGCCAUGAAGCUCAAACACCAGAACCUUCAAGACCGACUGGAGAUCUGCUUACUGGAGCUGAAAGAGCUCUGCAUCCGAGAAGCUGAGCUGACAGGCAAACUAUCAGAAGAUUACCCUCUUCUGCCAGGAGAGAAGCCUCCGCAGAUUCGCAGACGCAUCGGAGCUGCGUUUAAACUGGAAGAACAAAGCAUCCCUCGAGGAGCAGAGGACUCAGAACUGCGUUUAGUGGACGCCGAGUUGACGCUUCAGAUGAAGAUAUACGAAGCUGCACGCAAGCUCUGUGACGAGGGCCACCAGAGUAAGGCUGUUAGGAAGAGCCGCUUACAGCAGUGCAGACGAUUGGAGAAGAAGCUCAAACAGCUACAAGAGACGGCCUUUCAGCUGAGACUGGAACAUGGCCGAUCAUCGCCACUUCCUGCUUUUAAUAUCAUGCAACAAGAUCAAGGCACUUCUGAUGACAGCUCUUUAUCUGAUUCCGUUGUACAAGAUGAAGAAGUCACAAGCCAGUCCUCACAGCCUUCCUCGGGACUCUCGUAUCCAGUUGAAACAGAUCUGCCCCAGCCUCCCCCUGUGUCCUCACACUCCUCUGUAGACGGCUCCUACAUGUCUCCUACUGUGACUCCUCAGUCUGCACGGCUUAACCUGAGUCAGUCUCCACGUCCGAGCAUUGACUCCAACAUGAGUUUCACAUCGAGCCCUGUGUACGACUCUCCCCCCAUCCAGCACUCCCCAUGGACGGAGUCUAGCCUUGAUGAACCUUAUCAGAAGAGCAAGAAGUCCCGCUCCUCCAGCAAGACAAGCAGUCCGGCCAAAACGGAAUUGUUGCCACCUUUGGAGGCUUGUUUAGCACAGUCAGCUCUGCCGGUCCAACUUUCCCAUCUGAGGCUGAGUCGCACCACAUCCAGCAGUACACCCUCCACACCAGAGAUGCGUGUGCACAGACAGCUCUCCCUCAGGCUGUCCAGUCCUGAAUCUUCGUUUGAUAAGGAACGCGGUCGCACCAGAGGUCCGAGGAGACGACUGACUGAAUACUCAAUAACUUUACCAGAGUCUCCUUCCCCCACAAUGAACUACGGGAACCAUGCUAGCUCUGAGGAUAGCAACUCUGAACACUCGUUUACAUCUUACAAUAGCUCCCCAUGUCAGGAACUGCCCAGCGAUUUCCCCAGACAAUAUCCGUCUCCAUUCCUGCACCCGAGCCCUGUUGGCAGCUAUGGACCUCAAGCCUUCUCACCCACUGGCUUUUACCAUAAUCCCAUUCACCCGCCCAGCUCUGGUAUGCAGGCAGCUUAUUACAGUGAAGAAAUGGUCUACCCACCUGAUAUGGACAUGGCACGCAGCUAUAUCCACCAGCAGUCUCCCGGUCUUUCCAACAGAUAUGAAUAUCGGUAUAAAGAUGCCGCUGUGCCCCAUCAGAGAGCACACAGGCCUUUGCCUCCUGAUAUCAGAUUAACCCCUCCAGCACAAUGGGACCAUCCACAGUACCGCUCUAAUUGCCUCCCGCGACAAGUGGUGAACGAACAGCUGAAGUCGUGGCACAGACGCAGUCAGCUCAAAGCUCCUAGGUCUCGUUCUCUUGACAGACAGGGAGCGGUCAGAGUGAAAAGCGGACCAGGUCGAGAGUCACCCUGCUACCCAAACCAAAAGUACCACGACCAGGUCGUUCAGAGAGAGGCUCUCCAAAGAGCAGCAGAGAACGCUCAGAAGCGCUGGCUCGCAGAUGACGGCUCUCACUAUGUAAGCCAAGUAUAAAGGGAAGAUGCUUGAUUUGUUGCCAGGCUAAACCUGUCAACCCAGAGUCUGCAACUUCCCCACUGGAUCCAAGUGAAUUAGUCACAAAAUUGAGUUAGAUUCUGUUUUUAUGCCAGUAAAUCAUUUCUUCCUCGACAAGUGUUUCUUUGUCUUGUUUAACCUGCCCAACUGUAUUAGAGAGGAUGAGAGAGAGGAUGAGAAAACGGUGCAUCGAACAACACAGUAGAGUGUAGUACAACACAAACCAUCACCUACAGGUUUGCAAUGUGUGACAGUGAAGUGGGCCUGUUAUUUUUGACCACUGUGUUGUCAGGCACUAACAGUUACAGAUUCAGCAUUUAACUAGAUUUCAGGUUGAUAAUUCAAAAAUAACUUUCCUCAUGUUGAGUUGUUGAUGCCAGAUGAAUCGAUAUUGUCAGGUACAUUUCUUUUAGGUUCCCAGUCAUAUGAUAUAACACUGGUUUUCUGUAGAUUUAACAUUGCCAAAUAAUGCAUAUUUGUAUGAACAUCAAGACUGAGACGUUUUUUUUUUUUUUUUCUUGAGAAAUAUGAAAAUCUAAAAUUCUCUUUCAAUUUAGUUGUAUGAAGGAAAAGAAUCCACUGCUAAAUAUUGUAAAUUAUGAGUAAAUUUUUUGUUGAUGAUAUUUACUCGAUUGAGUCCCUUUGGUAAUGAACUUGAGCUGCUUAAAUUCCAGAUGUCAGGUUUGUAUGUGUUUGCAUAUACUUUUGGAGACAGAUUUGUCUUGUUUUUAUACUUUUAAUGUGUCUGUGACUGUGCCAGUUGACUUGAAUUACUAACAAAUUAACCAGUUAGUUGAAACUAGAUAUGAACUUACAGACAUAACUCACAAAGGAGCACAGAGACUUGAUAUUUGGCAGCUAUUAGGAUGUCCAGUUUGAAAUGUACAUGUUUUGAGCUUUAAGCGUUAUCUCUAUACAUUUUUGUUGUUGUAGUAUCUGAAACAGAAGCACCAGUAUCAGAGGUGGCUGCAUUCACAAACACAUUUUAACAAAUGCAGCUACAGCAACACACUGGUCUCACGCUGUGAUCUAUUUAUGUGUUAAUUUAUUGUAAUUUGCACCAUUUAGACCCAUGGAAAGUCUUUCAGGCUUGUUAAAAAAAGACAUGGACCAGAGCUUGCGAAACAAAUCCAGUGUUUAGUGUGUGUAUGUUUAUGUGUGUAUAUGUAUGUGUUAUAUUUAUAUAUAUAUAUAUAUAUAUAUAUAUAUAUAUAUAUAUAUAUAUAUACACACACACAUACAAUCAUUCAAUCAUGUUACCCUUUGUGCCUCUUUUUUAUUUAUCAGUUACAGUAGUUUAAGUGAACAUAAUGUGAUGUAUUGCUGUUUAAAAAAGGAGUCUGUGAAAAUGUUUUUUUCCUGUGGAUAUAAAUAAAAUGUUUGGAUAUUGUUGAGUAUUA